CUUCCUAGUCCAAUCGCGUACGCCGUGAUGCUUGUGUCACAACCAAGGAGGUUGGUCACAAUCCCUGAAGGACCCAGGAAAACGAGUCCUUCGCAAAGCAGUGCACUGCGUUGCUUGUCAUUUUUUGCAAUAGAAACCGGCUUUAUUGGAGUUAAAAUAAUGGCAGAUUACAGCUCUGAUUUUGGCUUAUCAUCGGCUGGUGGCUCAGACAAAGCAGAGGCUGCAGAGCUUCAGAGAUUGAUAGCUAUUGAACAACAGAAAGCACAGUUUCAAGCCCAGGUGUCUGCUGGGAUAAGUGCGUGGAUAAACCUAGUUCAAAGUUAGAUUCACACUGAGACGUGCCUUGAGAGCUGCGUGGAACGUUUCAUCGACACUACACUCUCCAUAACGAAUCGAUUCUCUCAAAUGGUUCAGAAGGGUGCACAUUAAAUCAUGCAACAUUGCGCGAACAAAGGACACUGAUAUUUUCUGUUCAUCGUUGAUCAAAGCCGUCUACGACGCUACUACAAUGCCACCUCACCCACCUGUCAAAACAUUUGAGGAGCGAGAGACUGACAGGACGUCAGUCACUUGCAACAUGGAAUUGGGUUCUAUCCCAUGCCGACUCCAAGAGAUGACAGCUGACAAGCAUGAUAUUCUAACAUGUUGCUGUUGACUGCAUCUCCACUGUCUCAACCUCUGCCAUUUUGCAAGUGGGGCUAUUUCAAAGGGAUUCAGUUUUUCUUUGUAGUUCUAUCUGUGGGUGUCUGUGGACCAGUAUCCCAUGGUCUGCGUAGAAUCGGGAAGCUACUUUUACUUCUGAGGUCCCAUGCAAUUGUCAGACUGUCCCUUCACAAUGUUUAUGUAGCCGGCCAGGAAAGGAAGAACUCUUUUACUGGAUGUAAUGUUGCCAAAUAUGUAAUGCCAUAAUUAAAUCUAUUCAGUUUCUCACA